AAUUCUACCCAGGAACCAGUACUUGGACCUAUAUAAGGCACUGAGCUUGACUCCCUCUGUGUCCCUGCAAUUCACCAGGCUUCAGUCAUGAGGAUUCAUUACCUCCUCUUCACGUUUCUCCUGGUGCUGCUGUCACCUCUUUCAGCUUUCACCCAAAGAAUCAAGAACCCUGUAACUUGCCUUGCUAAUGGAGGUGUAUGCUGGGGUGCAUGUCGUGGAAGAUUUCGACAGAUUGGCACUUGUGGCAUUCCUAGAGUCAGGUGCUGCAAGAGAAGAUAAAUAAGAAGACCAUGAACCAGUGAGACAAUUAAAAAGACAGAAUCUGUUCUUCUUUGAGGAUAUACAAAACUUAAAACCAAAUUAAAGUACUUUGCUUAAAUAAAAAUCUUGCCUCCUUA